AUGGCUGAGGUGGAUUUAUCAGAGAGCAAUGGCGGUGCUCUCGUAGUCACGUCCAUAACGCUCCUUGUUUUUACCUGGCUCUCUGUCGUUCUUAGAUGCUACGUACGAGCUUUCAUGACCAAGGGUUUCCAAAUCGAUGACUGGCUCAUGGUUGUGGCCCAGAUUGUUUUCACUCUCUCAUGCUCUCUCAUUCUUCUUGGCGUAAACACUGGUUUGGGUCACCACAACAAAGCCCUCGGCGAGAGGAGGGAGGUUUCGGCUCUGAUGUAUCAGGCCUUGGCUACGGCCACAUAUGUCCUCGACAUGCUCUUCAUCAAGCUGAGCAUCGGCUUUUUCCUACUGCGACUCUCCAACUCGAAGCUCUAUAACUGGAUCAUUUAUGUCAGUCUGGCUGUUGUGGCCGUUUGGAGUGUGGUGAUCUUCUUCUGGAACAUUUUCCAAUGCUCUCCGAUCGAGGCACAAUGGGAUUAUGCGAUUCCAGACUCUAAGUGCGUGUCACCGGACGCUGUCGUGGCGGCAGCCUAUUCCAUCAGUGUCAUGACCAUUCUGAGCGAUUGGCUAUAUGCUCUUCUCCCCAUUCCUAUGAUUUGGAGCGUCAAGAUGACCAAGCAGGCCAAAGCGACGGUCAUCGUGAUUCUUGGACUUGGAAUUUUGUGA